CUCUCUCUCUCUCUCUCCUGUAAGUGGAUAUAUCCAGUCCCAGGUGAAAUAACUAUCUGUAUUGAUGCGUUUUGUAGGCACGUGUAUUACUUGUAUUUUACAAGAAUUGAAUGUAUUUCACUCUUUGUACAUUUCAUUCUGUCAGUAUGUAAUUGACAGAUAUGAGUUAUCCACGUUCAGGUUCAUGUUAUUGACAUGAUACAGUCGCUAAUUAUCAUUUUGUCGUGUUAUAAAAGACAAAAUGACACAAAUCAACCACCAUACAUAUGAUACUUGUUUAAUGUUAAACUUCCCUCUUGAAAGUUUUUCUCUCAUAUGGAGACGUUACUAAAUUUGUUCUUGUAUUUUUGCUUUCGAUUCAUUCUGACCCCCAUUAACUUAUUCUGUUAUAUAGCUUCGUCUUUUUCAAAAUAAAUGAAAAAUUUUCAUCUCAUAUCAAUGUCUUCUUUUCACUACCUUUAUCAGGCAACAAGCAAAAGCUACUUUUAUUUUUAACAGGGAGUAAAAAAGUGCAAUCAUCGAUAUGGUUGAAUAGGCCUAACAAUGAAUAUACGAUAUUGACACAUGCAAAUACACGUACCUCCAGUAGCGGAUUGAAGGAGGGGGGGGGGGCGUAGCCGGUCCCCCCCCCCCCCCUAAAAUUUUCUAAUUUAAUGUAAAUCGAGAUCUUUUUAGAAAAAUGUAAACGAUAAAAGAAAGAAGCAAUACUUUCUUCCACACUCGGAGGAAUAAAUGACAAACUCUUUUGAUUUUCUUAAUUACUUUUAUUGGGAGAACUUACUUUUUUUCAAAAACGCUUAAAAUCUGCGUCAUUUUAAUUUUAUUAAUUUCACCUUAUUAAAAAUGACAGAAAAUUGUAAAAAUUACUACAUAGGAGACAUAUUGCAAGCCUUAUAAAAUCUGUAAAAUCCAGGAUCCACUGGAGGCCGCAAGAUGGCCCCCAGACCCCCUACCUCAUAAAAAUUUGCCCCCCCCCCCCCCACCUAACCGCAAUUCCUGGAUCCGCCCCUGACCUCUAUUGUGAAAAAUCCACAUAAUUCAUGGCAAAUGUAUGAAUCUUGCAGAACAAAGCAGUAACGCACCAAGGAAAUGAAGAAGAAAAAAUACGUGCAAGGAAAAUGGGGGGGGGGAUGUAUAUUUGAUGAACCUCAGUAUGUUCAAACAGUCAAGGAUAUUAAAGAUGCGAUACACGUUUACAGAAAGAUUUCUUUCAGAUUUUAAAUGUCUCCUAAAGCUAAAUAAAGACGACAAUUUUCCUUUGGGAGAAAACAAUUCCUUUUGGUUGCUGGUAGAUGUGGAAAGAUGGCAUGAUUUACAUUCUUCCGAACAUGUAUUCUGUUCAAAGGAGACAAAACAUCUAUUAAAAAAAUACAAUGUACAUGUAUGAAAUAGUGAAAUUUUAAUCUAUAAGAAUUGGUUUUCAGUGGCGGAUUUAAACCUCCCCUCUCUAUUUUUUUUUUUCAAAUUUAAGGUAAAUCGUGGUACAUGUACAGUAUCUUCUUUAGAAAAAUGCACUAAACGAUAAAAGAAGUAAUGAUUUAUUCCACUCCCGGGGAAUUAAAUGACAAAAUCUUUUGAUUUCUUGAAUAACUUCAUUGCAAGAACUUCAUUUUUUCCAAAAACCCUGAAAAUUUGCGUCAUUUUAUUAAUUUCACCUUAUUAGAAAUGAUAGAAAAUAGUACAAAUGACUGAAUAGGAGAUAUAUUUCAAGCCCUAUAAAGUCUGUAAAAUCCAAGAGCUUUCCGGGGGCUUCGCCCCCUGGGCCCCCAUUAGGGCUGAACUCAGACGCCCUGCCUCAUAAAGUGGCACCCCCCGUAACCACAAUUCCUGGAUCCGCCCCUGGUUUGCCUAAGAUUAUACGUAUUAAUAUAUUGGGAAAUGUUGAGUAUCUUUUCUGAUACUGUGCACAGUUCACCUCAAUGUACUACAGUACUUACACAUGUAGUUUAUGUAUGAAUGAAUUGGAAAUGUUUAAAGUAUGGAAUUCGGAAAUAGAUAUAUACAGUAGAUGAAGACCUGGAAGUGUCCGGUGUCUGAAUCAUUAAGUGUCCGUUCCUUUAUAACUGUCAGCUAGCGUUCGGUAAAAUAUUGCAAGUAUACAUAUCGAUAUAUCUUUAUUUUCAUAUAAUACGCAGUCGAAGCUUUAGAAAUGCCUUUGUUUUCCAAAUUAUGUCCACGAUAUGAGACAAUGCUCGUGUGCUACGUGUCUGAGAUCCAAAUUAUAUCUAUUACGAGGAUGUCCUUAUAGAAUGCAAACAAAUCAGAGUUUCCGUAUAGAUAUAAGAUACAUUCCGUUUAAAGUAUAAACAAAGAUUACGUACAGAGCGUGUUAAGCAGAAACAGUAGUUUUAUCUGAAAUUGUCCGUUGCUUUUCUCUGAAAGUACCCGUUAUAUCUAUAUAUUGUGAUAUAGUCUGUUCCUUAUAAGGAAUUAUUGUGAAAUCCCCAUAUCUGUUUUCUUAUUAGGAACUAAGUCCCCCUUUUAGACUGAAGUCCCCAAACUGACACUUCCGGGUCCCCAUUUUCUAAAUACAUCAAAUUAUAUUUCAAAUAAAAAGACAGACUCUGUCUGUUUUUUCCAGACUAAAUGCGAAGCAUGACAAAUUCAAGUACGUCAUAUUUGUCAUAAAAUCUCGUAGUCCCCCAAUUUGCGGUGUUUUGACUAGGUUCCUACGGGACGAUCCACGUGUCUGUGUGUUUGUGUGUGUGUGUUCGUGUGUGUGUGUGUUCGUGUGUAUGUGUGUUCGUGUGUGUAUGUUUGUGUGUGUUAAAGUACAAGUAGUUUGCCAAUUUAAGACCGAUUUUUACUAAAAUCGUGAAAUAGUUCUUUUCAAUACCCUACCGAUUCUGAUAGUAUUUUUCUGGUAUUUUUAUAUUUUUAACAGUAUUAUGUUAAAGUUGGGAGAGGCCAUUAGGCUAAUAUAUAUAUAUAUAUGAUUUUCCUAAUUAAAUAGUAAUAAUGUGGACCUUGUCAGGAAAAAGAUAUUGCAACAACAGCACCAUCCCACCCCCCGUUAUAAUACACGUAUAAACUACGUUACAUUUAUUUAUCAAUAUACUGUUCAUAAACGCCUUUCAUUGUAUGAAAGUAGUCAAAAGCAUACAUUGCGGCGAAUGAUUUAAUCUGUCUGAAAAUUGAAUACUUUGUAUUAGAAUUAUAAACACUAACAAUGGCUUAUCUAUUGAAUGUUUUACCCCUCUAUCAUGUAAUGUACUGCAAAUCAAUCAAUGAAAUUUUAAAAACAUUACUUAAGAAAAUAUAGGUCUUUAAAAUCCAUAAAUUCAAAGUAAUACUUCAAAUUGCUACCAUGGAGAUUUUUAAUUAAUUGAUUACGGUAAACAGUCUCAUAACUUUACUUCCGUAUUGAAUAAUAUAUGUGGCGCUAGCAUUCUAAUCUUUUAUUUCAAAAGAUAAGAUUGUGCAGCGCUAUAUUAAUGUUUCAGAUGAAAUAUUUAACGGCUUAGAUACAUGCUCUCUCUCUCUCUCUCUCUCUCUCUCUCUCUCUCUCUCUAUCUAUCUCUCUCUCUCUCUCUGAUUACAAGGAAAGCUUGUGGGGAAUACCCGACGACUUUUUGUCAGGUAAUGACUUGAGGUGUUAACACUGGGCUCCCUUUAUACCGACAACACGACUGAAUUACCGUCUGUAUUUAACACUGAACCCACUACUUCUGUUAACACACUGCUACACGUAGAUAUAAAUACAUAAUGGAUAUACAAAAGCACUGCUAUCGUUUAAUUUGUCGGGCGAAUUAUGAAUACAUCAAUUCGAUAAUAUAAUGAUGAAUUUUACAUCAUAAUACCCUCAGAAAAUUCAUCUUGUCCGUAUCUAAUUUUAUGAAGAGGUGAGAUCCGCUCCGCCCACAACACAAAACAAGAAACGGCCACUUCAAAAAGUGUACUUGUUUACUUAAUACUCAUAUACACCAUGUUUAAUUGAAGAUUAAAAUAAGGAAGUACUUAUACUUCUCGUGAAGGUUUGAUGCCGGCAGCCUGGUAGCAUACAUGCAUCUGACACAAAAUACGGCGCGCUCUGUUGUCUAAUUGUUUUAAAUGGAAUGUUGUUAAAUGUUUAAGAAAUCCCCGUGUUUACCUUUACAAAGUGGGUCACUUGACAGUUGUGUGCUCAGUGGUAUUUUGCCCUCUCCGGAUGAAUAAUUUUACAGGUUUUAAUUACAGAUUGUAACUUCCUCUUUCGGAAUGGCCGUCUUGAGAUGGACGUGUGUUAUUUUGUCGCUGGGAUUUAUAUAUUGUUACGACAACCUCAGCAGAAGAAGGACGACGACUCUAUCACAGAGCUCGACCCACGGAGAUCAAUAUGCAUCAUAUGCCAAUGAUACUGACUUGCGGACAAACUAUGGCCGGUGUGCCCAUACUGCUGCAGGACAGCUUAUAGCCUGGUUUCAAGUGGAUCUUGGAAAAGAGUACAGCAUAAAAAGCGUUAAAAUCUACUACAGAAGAGACGGUGAAAGACCUGGUGAUUGGAAGCAAUAUAGGUUUAAACAGUUUUAUCUGGACGUCUCUAACUCACCAGCUGCAGUGACUACCACGUCAGAGAGAACUCGAUGCUAUACCGACACAUCUCCGGAUCUACCCGACAAUAUAAUCGACAUUCCAUGUAAACAAACGGCAAGAUACGUCAUUGUAGAAACAACAUACGAUACUCCUGAAGAUGGAGCUACGACAGGAGCCAUCUUGGAAAUUUGUGAAAUACAAGUUUUCGGAUGCGAGAUUGGAAAGUAUGGUGAUCUAUGUUGGGACUGCAGUGGGUGUCAAACGUGUGACGUCAUCAGCGGUGUCUGCCCAUCGAUAACCUGCGGUGCUAACUGUAUGAAUGGUUUAUGUGACUCCACGACCGGAUAUUGUACUCAAGGCUGUACUAACGGAUACUGGGGAUACGGAUGUACGUCAUCACCCUGUGGAUACACGUGUACAUCAACCUGUCCACCAAACUGUCAAGGUGGAAAUUGUAAUAUGAUCAAUGGUAACUGUAACGGAUGUAGUAAUGAUAACUACUGGGGACAAACAUGUAAUAAUCGUUGUUCAGGAAACUGUAACGGAAGCGUGUGUGUUCAAAACACUGGGUAUUGUAGCAAUGGCUGCUCACCGGGACGAUACGGAAAUAACUGUGAACACAAUUGUAACGAGAAAUGUUUGUGGGACACUUGCAGACAGGACGUUGGUGUAUGUACGAACGGAUGCAUUGAUUCUUAUUACGGGUAUAAAUGUGAGUACGAGUGUAGUACUCAUUGUAGUCAGGGUAAUUGUGACAGAUAUAACGGUACAUGCAGUGGAUGUAGUAGCGGCUAUUUUGGUUCGUCUUGCCGAGACACGUGUAGCGUAAACUGUGCUGAGGGAACGUGUGAUCAACAGACGGGAAAAUGUCACGGAGGUUGUAAACCAAACUGGACCGGGAACCAGUGUGACAGAUGUGAUUCAACACAUUACGGACUUGGUUGUUCUCAGGAGUGUAAUGUUAAUUGCAAGGACCGUAUUUGCAACUCUGGAAAUGGAUUCUGUACUUCGGGAUGUAAAAUUGGAUUUUAUGGAAACACUUGUAGCGAUGCUUGCAGUUCAUCGUGUCCAUCGGGAUGCAACAGGUACUCCGGCGAUUGUGAGGGAACAUGUCCGAAUGACAAAUAUGGAAAACAGUGUGAUUUACCCUGCAGUCCGGGUUGUACAGGUGGAUGUAAUAAAGAUACUGGUGUAUGUGAUAGCGGCUGUGUUGUCGGUAAAUUUGGAACCAACUGUAGUGAAAACUGCAACACUGGGUGUAUUGCCGACUGUGGUCAAAAUGACGGACGCUGUAAAUGCAAAAUGGGAUGGCAAGGGGAUAAAUGUGAUAAAUGCAAGUCAGAUUACUAUGGUCAUUCAUGUGAUCAACAAUGUAGCUCGCACUGUGUAAAUGGAAGCUGUUUUACAAACAACGGGACGUGCGUGGGCGGUUGUACCGGGGAGUUCAGUGAUGACAAGUGUACCCAAGCUCUAUUAAGGAGUGAACCUGCAUCGUUCCCGAUCACGGAAGUGGGCGCUGGUUUAGGAGCUGUUCUGUUUGUGUUACUUGCUAUUGUCAUUGCUGUGAUUUUGUUAAGAUCAAGGCGACAGAAGCAUGCCAAUUCCUUGGAAUCUGCCGUCAGCUACCAUAAUGGAGAACCAUUCUCUUCAACAGAAAACAAAUUGUAUACAAAUAUUGGUAAUGUUUCCGUUUCGCUCGAAGACCCGGAUGAAGAGCCACAGAUAGAAAAACCGGAAGAAUCAGUUUACUACAAUGACCUCUCUGUAACUAAGGACAUAGCAGUAACAGACCUCCUUAAAAUCAUCACAGCGAGAGAAGCAAAGGAAAACGAAGGCUUUUUAAAGGAAUACAAGUCGCUGCCAUACGGAGAGCGAUUUGACUGCAGAACCGCGAAAUUGGAAGAAAAUAUGCCGAAAAACAGAUUUAAGACUACCUUUCCAUAUGACCAUUCGCGCGUGGUUUUAGAGGUUGACGAGGGAUUCACAUCAGACUACAUCAAUGCAAACUUCAUUGAGAACAUGGACGGAAAACGUGAAUAUAUUGCAUCUCAAGGUCCGCGGCCCAACACUUUGGUAGACCACUGGCGGAUAAUCUGGCAGGAACACGUGCAAUAUAUCGUCAUGUUGACCAACCUUAUAGAGGGACCCAAGAUCAAGUGUCAUCAGUACUGGCCAGACGAGGAGAAGGAGCUUGAUGUCAAUCCAUUUUCUGUCACACUCCUUGAAGAGAAAGUGUAUGCGUAUUACGUUGUCCGAAGAAUGACAGUGCGGAAGAAAGGGUCCACAGGGUCAAGGACUGUCGUACAAUUCCACUACACAAGAUGGCCUGAUCACGGGACUCCAAAUCCUCUGAACUUGUUAGUCUUCCAUAGACACUUCCGGCACAAAAUCAAUAUGUCUCAGCACCCCAUUCUUGUACACUGCAGUGCAGGGAUUGGACGAACUGGGACCUUUAUAGCUUUGGACGUCUUGUCGAGACACGGCGAGCGGAAGAGCAAGAUCAAUGUCAUAGAGUUUGUUAAAGCCAUGCGCAAAGAUCGGAUGACAAUGAUACAGAACGUAGACCAGUACAUAUUCCUGUACCAUGCACUGUACGAGUUCUUCAGAAGAAAGACAAGGUUUACAUGUAUAACAAAAGUAGAGUUUGUGAAACGUUUUGGAGAGAUGAACAAAAUCGAAACCAAAAAACAACUCUCAGAUGAAUUCAACGAACUAACAAGUUUGAAACCCAAAUAUAGCGCCAAUGAUUUCAAAAGUGGGAAGGAACAUUCAAAGCUAAAUGCAGCCAAGUCCGUGUUGCCAGUUGAUAAAUAUCUAGUCUAUUUGACGUCAAAUGUGAAAGGUCGAGACAGUUACUACAACGCCGUCAAUGUGUCGUCAUUCACCCGAGCUGAAGAGUUUAUUUCUGUGCAACAUCCGGUGCAUGGUGCCGCCAUUGAUCUUGUUCGUCUGCUGAUUGAUCAAGAGUCACAUUUCCUUAUUUCUUUGACCCCAUUGUCUGAUGUCGAUGAGCUUAAGGACUGGGUGAAGGAAGAAAUCCAAAAUAUAAAGCUGGAACCAUACGAAAUCACCAAACAUUCCCAAACAAUCCUCUCGGAAUGCAUCAGAAAAACCAGUAUAGGAAUAAAAAAGAAAGAGGGAAACAAGACCCAGAGCGUGCAGAUUUUUGAAUGCCUAACCUGGCGCCCCAACGAUAUCUUACCAGCAGAGACUUCCUCACUGACAGAUCUAGUCAAACAAUUUAGCCUCGACCGAAAAUCAGAACCAAAAGGACGUGUAACAGUUAUGUCAAAAGAUGGGGCGACAUCGUGUGGAAUAUUCUGUGCAGUCUAUAAUGCCAUAGAACAACUGCAACAAGAUGACGAGGUGGACCUUUUCACUAUUGUGCAGCAACUGCAAUGUCGCAGACCGGAAAUGAUAUCCAAAAAGGAAGAAUAUGACUUCUGUUUUAAAGCUGUCGGUGAUUACAUGAAUUCGGACAGUGUAUAUGCAAACACCUGAGAUGAGAUCUUUGGAUGUAUAUAAUAGUGUGCUGUAGCAGAUUUCCCAUGAUGCACAGGAAUAGAACAUUUUGUUAUUGUUUUUGUUUUAAACUGUUUGUUCAUGACCUACCGAUAUAUUUAUUAUAUAUAAAACUGCAAUAUGAUCCUUUUGGAAAAAGUAGGGGAAAACAGUUUUCCCAAAAACAAACACUACUUUGCAGUUUUAUGGUGUAUAGGCAUGUUGAUAAUUUCGAUUUUGUUGACAUGAUUGUUAUAUUGUUAUAUUUUGACAUGAUUGUUAUAUUUUGAGACAAACACACAGGAGUUAUGCGUGAUAAACACGUGCAGUCAGUCGAGACUGAAUAACUUCUCGAGUUCUCAAAGUACAGUUUAGUUCAUCGAAUCUUCCCUAUCAGUUCCACCAUAAUCUGUGAGUCGAUGGACUUCUUCACUUGAUUUUUUUUCCGCCUGAUGAAGGUUUUCAUACUCCCGUAAUCAGAGAGUCGGGACAUAUGGAGUUUGAUCUACCUGUCUGUUUGUCGCAAAAACUUUAACCUUGAUCAUAUUUUUUGAAAGGAUAGUUAUAGAACUUUCAUGUUUUACCUAUAUAUUUCUGUGACAAAACAUUUCUAUUGGAACCAGAAGUUUUUUCCUUGUGACCUUCACCUUAUAGUUUAACCUACUUUUGAAAACGUCAUCGUAGACCAUAACUAUUGAGUGGUCAGUGUAAUGGCUUUCAUAUUUCCCACAUGCAUUGCUUUUGACAAUAUCUUUCUUUGAAUAACAAAUUGUUUUAUCUCUUGACCUGAGAGUUUGACUUUAAAAAAAACCUUUACCAUAACUUGGUAUGGUAAGUGAUAGGGCUUUCAUAUUUCAUGUGUGUAUUACUUUUAUCAUGACAUUUCUAUUAGUAUUAAAACUUUUGAACUCAUGACCUUUGAGUUUGACCACCAUGUUCCUUUUUUGAAAAAUCAACUUGGGUCAUGAAUUUGAAUGUUCAUCAAUAGGGCUUUCAUAUUUCACAUGUGUAUUUCCUUUUACAAGACCUUUCCUUGGGAAUCAUAAUUACAUUGGCGUCACACAGUGCAUCAAUGUUUUGCGAACACAUAUGGUCAUCUUUAGCUCAUGCAUUAUAAUAUAAAUGAGUUUUACAUCCUUAUAUGCUUUGAAACUAUGAUGUAUCAACAUAAUUAGUGAUGCAGCAAAUUAGAUACGGUCUUUAAUCGCACUUGUUUAGUAUUCUAAUCAGAGAACUUGUUGAAAAUUAUAACACUGAUACUUGUAUUUUGAUUAUGAUUGUGUAUAUCAGUGACUGUCUCUGGUAGUAGCUUUCCAAUUGGUAUGUACAGGGUAGUUUGAUGAUGUGUUUCAAGUGUUGAUGUUUUAUAUAUUUUUAGAAUAUUUUAUUUAUAUACGUGCUAGUAAAGGUAUGACACGAUGAUUAGAUCUCCUGAGCAUAAGGCUGAAGUGAUCUUGUCUGAGAAAAAUGCGUCUGUUGUCUGUCGUCAUUAAAGCUACCGUAAUUCUCGACUUAUAUGUUCAUCUAUAACUUCUUUGUCAAUCUCAACCAAACAUGACACAGUGUAUCGAUUUCCAAGAGCUUUAAUCAGAAAAUAGGGUUGGUGUUAACAAAAUCUUUUCACGAACCUUUAACGCUGUAACUCAGAGGUUCCUUAUGUGGUAGAAAUUUAGGUUUUGUAAUAUUCACAUAUAACGGAUGGGGCUCCUGUGGGGUUAUGCCGGCAUAGAAAUAACCGGGAAACGAGGAUCACACUGGCAGCGCCACAAAUAUAUAUAUAUAUAUAUAUAUAUAUAUAUAUAUAUGAAUUUUCUUUCCUUUAAUUCAAGGUAAGCUUGUCAAGAUUGAUAUGGAAGACCCCUAUAAUAAAAUAAAAUCUGUUUUCAACAGGAUACUUGCGAUCAUAAUGAUGGCUUCAAGUAUAUUAAAGGAUGUGUUUAAAAUCCCUAAAUGUACAGUUGAUCAAUUGUCUGCUUAAAAUGAAAGCUGAAAAUAACGAACAGUGAUCAGGUGGAGUGGAUUCAAUGUUUUACACUUUUAAUGCUGUAACUGUUUGCCAGCAAGGUGGUUCAGUCGGUGAGCAUUGUGGUCCAUAGAUCUUUUGUUAUUUGUUUCUAGUUUUGUUCUCUGUACAGUGAAUAAUAAUAAAAACAUCUCAUUAUUGUA